UGCAUCCACGGGCUGGUGUCCUGCCUGGGCAUCCUGGAGAACGCGCUGGUGCUGUGGGUGCUGGGCGUACGGCUGCGCCGCAAGACUGUGGCGGCCGUCUGGAUGCUGAACCUGGCCCUGUCCGACUUCCUGGCUACACUCACGCUGCCGCUCUUCACACACUACCUGCACGUGAACCACAGCUGGGAGCUGGGUGCACCUCUCUGCUCGGCCCAGGCUUCUGUCUUUUUCCUCAACAUGUUCGUAUCGGCCUUCCUGCUGGCCGCCAUCUCACUAGACCGAUGCCUGCUGGUGACCCGGCCCGUGUGGAGCCAGAACCACCGUUCGGUGGCAGCUGCCUGGAAGGUGUGUGCCGUUGGCUGGCUGUGGGCGGCUGCCAAUGCUUUCCCUUACUUCCUGUUCCGCUCCGUAACGCCUAAGGUAGACGGCGGUUGGUUUUGCUACCACAACUUCGCGCUGUACUCCUCGCAGGCGGUGCUGCAGCGGGACUGCCGGGUGCGGCAGGCGGCCACUGCUGUCUCCAAGACGCUGCUGGCUUUUGUUGCACCACUUAUGAUCAUUGCGGGCAGCUACGUGUACUGCGGCCUCAGCCUCCUGGCACGGCGCCGGCGCCGGCAGAGGGAGAACAGCUGCAUGAGCCUGGCGGGCAGAGCUACCUCCGUGCGCCUCUCCCGUGGGUUCACCAAGAUGGUGGCCUCAGUCAUUGCCGCCUUCUUCUUGUGCUGGGGGCCCUACCACGUCUUCUGCCUGCUGGAGGUGGCUGCCCAGUACCAUCCCAAGCGCUUUGCCCUGCUGGUGGAGAAGGGCCUGCCCCUGGCCACCACCUUUGCUUUCCUCAACCCUGUGCUCAACCCGGUGUUGUACGCCUUCAGCUGCCCACACUUCUGCACGCGCGUCCGGCAGAGCCUGUCCGCGUUGAUGGAGGGCCUGGUGGAGGAGGGGGGCCCCGUGUCUGUGGCGGGGGGCCUGGUAAGGAUGAGGACUGGCAGAGCAGGAGGGGGUGGCUCCAGCAUCUCCUCGCCCAACUCUCCCACCUCCCCGAACACCCCUGGCCUGUCCAGACUCAACCUCUCCCCUCAGGACUCAGUCAACGAGUGCAGCUUCAAGAGGUGCCCUACAUCGGACACCCGCAAAGACUGCCAAUCAGCUUCACCUCCCCCACCACAGCAAAGGCCUGCGCCUCUCCACAGCUACCCACCUCAGAGCACCCCCCCUUCUCCCCCACCACAGUGACGACUCUAUCCAUUAUGGAGAGGGACGUCUACAGACUCUUCGGGAGACAGAACCCCGCAAAGCAACCGGGCCAGACUCUGUCUCUCCAUUCAUCCUGAAGCACUGUGCUGAUCAGCUGUCUCCGGUGUUCACAGACAUUUUUGACACCUCACUGGAAACCUUGACCAUCAUCCCCGUCCCAAAAAAAACAAAGAUCACAGGACUUAAUCACUACAGACCCAUGGCCCUGACCUCUGUGGUGAUGAAGUAAUUUGAGCGCCUUGUGCUGCGUCAUCUCAAAGCCAUCACUGACCCUCU